AACGACUUGCUGUUGCUUCAGCCUCAUCAACUUCCUCCCUAACCCAUUUAGUUAACAGUCCCCUUGCCUUAUUAUUAAGCACUCCAUCAGAUCAGAACCCUCUGCAAUUCUUCCACCAUCACACCUUUUCCUUCACGUAAACCAUAUCCUGCAAACUGAAGCAACGAAAGAAAAAAGCAUACCCAAAAAGCAACAUGGUGCUGGACAUCAUAUUCUUGAUGUUAAUCAGCAGUACUAGUCAUGUUUCUGCUAACUCGACCACAGUUCUUCCAGCAGCAGCAGCAGCUUGUUCAAAUGGCGAAUGCCAGCUCAGAGAUGAAUGCUCAACCGACCGAGAUUGCGCGGCGGGGCUGUACUGUUUGUCUUGCCCUCUUGAAUUCAGGGGAUCAAGAUGUGUUAGAUCAACCAUUUCAGAUCCGUUCAAGCUUCUGAACAACUCUCUGCCUUUCAAUAAGUACGCAUUUUUGACAACCCACAAUUCGUUUGCCAUCAGAGGAGAGCCAUCUCACACUGGGGUUCCAAGGUUCACCCCUGCCAACCAAGAGGACACUGUCACCCAACAGCUGAAUCACGGAGUCCGAGCACUGAUGCUGGAUACAUAUGAAUUCAAGGAUGGGAUAUGGCUGUGCCAUUCUUUCAAAGGGAAAUGUCAUGAUUUCACAGCUUUUGAACCUGCAAUGGACACUCUGAAGGAAAUAAAGGCUUUCAUGUCAGCAAACCCAUCAGAAAUAUUGACCCUGAUCCUCGAAGAUCACGUUGAGGCUCCAUAUGAACUGUCACGACUCUUCAGGUCUUCUGGCCUCGACAAGUACUGGUUUCCAGUGUCCAAAAUGCCCAGGGAUGGCCAAGAUUGGCCUCUGGUGAAGGACAUGGUUGCCAAUAACCAAAGGCUCAUAGUCUUCACCUCUGAUAGAUCUAAGCAAGAAACUGAAAGAAUAGCCUAUCAAUGGAACUUCAUGGUUGAAACCCAAUAUGGCAAUGGUGGACUGAAGGGAAACUGCACAAACAGAAGAGAGUCAGCUGCAUUAGAUGACAAGAGCAAGAGUUUGGUGCUUGUGAAUCAUUUUGGAACCCUCCCUGUUAGAGGGAUUUCAUGCGAGUACAAUUCAGAGGGACUUAUGGAGAUGCUAGGGAAAUGUCACACUGCAGCUGGGAACAGAUGGGCUAACUUUGUUGCUGUUGAUUAUUACAAGAGAAGCGACGGGGGAGGAGCUUUUGAAGCUGUGGAUAAGUUGAAUGGAGAGAUGUUGUGCGGUAGCAGUGAUGUCAAAGCUUGUGCGGCAAGAUUUUCGUAACAUUGUUUCAUGUUUUGAGUUGAUGCGGCGUAUUUAAAAUUUAUGAAUUUAGUAAGAUUAUCCGACUUUGUAAGAAUAACAAUAUAGUAAUCGCCGAUGUUAGGAUUCGAACUUGUAACUUAUGAAACACAAAUUAUUAUUAUAAUUUAGAAGUAUUAUGUUGACCAAAGAAUU